UAAAAAUACCUGAACCCGACCCGAAGUAUAGAAAUACCCGAACGGGUCCUACACCUCUAUACCGAAAUACCCGAAAAUCCGAAAUACCCGAUCCGAACCCGAACGGGUACCCGAACGCCCACCCCUAAAUUUUUUGUAUCAUUAUUCAUGUUUACCACAAAAAAAAAAAAAAUUCAAAAAUACAUUAUUCAUUAAGAAGCAAAAGACUUUUAUACUUUUAUUCUCUACAUAGAUAUAAUAAAUAAGUAUUUAAAUAAAUGAUAAAAAAAAUUAUGUUUUUGAAUUAUAUUUUUUCAAAUUCGAACUUUUUUAUAACUUUUUAAAAAGAAAAGAAAAGUCAAUUUUUUCACACUUUUUUUUGAAAAUCAAAAACUAUUUUUGAAACUAUUUUUUUAAAAUUAUAUAUUUUUAAGUAUUUAUUAUAUAUUAUUAGAAUUAUAAAUUUCAUAUUCCAAAAACCCUACCCCACUCCACCUUUCUCAACUAUAAAUUCUAAGUCUAGAUUAGUUAACUUUAGGGUUAUCAAUGUCUUUUUCUUUUUAAAAAAAUAAGGAUAAAAGUGUUUAAUGUAAAUAUAAAAAUAGUAUUACGAAUGUGAUAUUUUAAACAAUUUUCCCAAAAAGAAUCCUAUUAGAAUAUGCAUAGGUAUGUCACAGGCCGGCAAGACAUAAGAAGUUUUGCCAAGAUUUUUUAUGUUUCUUUUGGAUGACACAAUGUACAUCUAAGAAAGCAAAAACCUAAAAUUAUUUUUGAAACUAUUUUUUAAAAUUAUAUAUUUUUAAAUAUUUAUUAUAUAUUUAUUAGAAUUAUAAAUUUCACAUUCCAAAAACCUUACCUCACUCCACAUUUCUCAACUAUAAAUUCUAAGUCUAUAUUAGUUAACUUUAGGGUUAUCAAUGUCUUUUUUUUUAAAAAAAAUAAGGAUAAAAGUGUUUAAUGUAAAUAUAAAAAUAGUAUUACGAAUGUGAUAUUUUAAACAAUUUUCCCAAAAAGAAUCCUAUUAGAAUAUGCAUAGGUGUGUCACAGGCCGGACAAGACAUAAGAAGUUUUGCCAAGAUUUUUUAUGUUUCUUUUGGAUGACACAAUGUACAUCUAACAAAUCUAAGAAAGCAAAAACAUAUUACGAUGACAAAUCGAGAGAGAAUAGAAUUGGAAGAAGUAUUAUUGACUCAUAAGAAUUAAGGUACAAUAUGUCUGGUUUAUAUAACGAAUGAUUUAACCUAAUUUCUAAACUAAUAUGGCAUAAUAUAUAUAUAGAUAAUGAUAAGUUUUCUAUUUUAAUAUUUUAAUAUAUAUUCUAAUAUUGAUCAUUGGAUUUGGGUCGAUCUUCUAAAUCUUCCAAUACCCUCUUUCAAGCUUAUAAGUGGUAACACGUGUGAAAUUGGACAAUCUUCUAAAUAUAAUAGAAGAAAUAACCCAAGUAGGAGAAUUAAAGGCUCGGGAUUUGUAACAUUGGUUUAAGAAACAACGACGGUUGUUCAUGUUGCGGAAGCUUCAUGAAUGUCCCAUAAAAUUUUUGUGAUUCCUCGACAAGUGAUCUGAUUUUGGUUUGAUUGUUUGUUUUAUCCAUCCUACACUGAGAUGAUUGUUUGUUGUCCAAUCUUCAUGGUAUGGUGAAUCGAUUGCCGGUUUAGAUAGUUCAAAAAUUUUGUAUUUCUUUCGUGAGCUAAUAGCCAUAUGAAAACAAGGUUGAGACUAUACUUGUGGUAACUUUAUCUACAUUUAUAUAAUCAAAUUAAAUAACAAACUAUUUAAAUUAGAUAACUGAACUAAGUAAUAAUUUAUUAAAAUUAUAUACAUGAUAGCAGCAGCUAUUAAGUUUGUAGAAGUUUGCUAUGACAUAAUUUUAGAAGAAUCAGAAGCCGAAAAUUCCGCAUUAUAACCCUAUUUUUAUUGGUUUGGAAAGGAAUUUCAAUAACUUAUUUUGAAGACCGCCCAUGAGCUGAAGGAAAGAAAAUGAAUUUACUAGAAAGAGUCUGGCCUAGUGUGAAUGUUAAAUCGCCUGGUGACCAAAAGCGAUGAUAAUUAUUGGUAUUGGUUGCCAUAAUAACGAACUGAAACUGAAUAAAUUGGGCAAAAGUCAUAUGUUGUAAUGAUGUUGGCCAGUGAUAUUUCAGUUAUGUCAUCAUUGGUAAGGGUUAAGACGUUAAAAGACCAAACAUAUAUCAAAAGAUUAUAUAAAGGAAUUGAUUUUUUUAGGAAAAAGGGGGCUUCUAUGAUUUUGUUUUUUUCAAGUUAGUUAUGAGACAGACCUUUAUUUAUCAUUAUAUAGUGACCUCUUUUUUUUCUUUUCUUUUUUUUUUGUCAACACCUUUUUUUUUUCCUUUUUUUGACAAGAUACAGUGACUUUUGUUUCACAUGCAUCAUAUAAAAUCAUAUAUAUAUAUAUAUAUAUAUAUAUACAUAUACAUUUAGAAAUUUGGAUUUAUUUUGGUUUGUGAAAUUAAAAUAUUGAAUAUUGUUAAGUUUUAUAUUUUAUAAUUUAUGGAUUAGAUUCAGUUUUGAUUCCUGUCAAGUUCUAUUUUUCUCACAAAGAAUUUUCAGGAAUUUUUUUAUUAAAGAUAUUAAUUUUAUUUUAUUUUCAGUUUGAUUUAGUUUUGCAGAUACAUAAAAUUUUAAUAAUUUUAGUUACAGUAUAAUUUAGUUUUAAUUGGUUUAAAUUGGUAACAAUAGAUACUCGCAUAAUGAUAAAAUAAAUAUAAACUCCAUUAUAAGAUAAAUCCACAUAUUAUAAAAUCACAAAAUAAAUUUAUUAUGUAAGAUGACAAUUUUUAUUCAUUUAUAUAAUUUUAUAUAUUUUUGAAACAAGAAAUAUAGUAUAAAAUUAUCAGUAUUUAUAUAUAAUUAUAAUUCAUAUUUUUUAUAAAUUUCAAUAUAUUUUAAAUAUUAUGAUAAAAUAUAAAAAAUGUUAAACUAUAUUAAAAAGUUAGAAAGUUGUGAUAAUUUUAAAUAAAAUCAAAAGAAAAGAAACAUAUUUUAAAAUGAUUUUAUGAUAAGCUUUUUUAACUUGACUAGCAAUUAAAGAUAAAUUAUUCGCUUAUGUAAAUUUAAUUGGGGAUUCACCAAACUUGAAUUUUAUGUAGAGAACCAACGAGGUUGGGUUAGUGGCACUUGAGGGAUAAUCCCAAUACGGUGAAUUUGCAGUUCGAUUCCUGUUGGCCAUCCAAACUACCUUAAAUGGUAAGAAUGCAUGGUUGUUGCGGACUUCGUGGGAUUAGCCGGUUGACUUCGAUCGCCAGAUUAUCAGAAUAUAAGAAUUAUGCGUAGAGAAAUAGAAAAAUCAUAAACACUUUUUUUUACAUGUAUAUAUUCAGAAGAUGGAAUAUGCUAGAACUGAUUUAAAAAAAAAAAUAUGUAUAUAUAUAUGCUUUGCUUGAGAAAUUGUCUCAAACUCGGAUGAAUCUUGAUUGGACAAUCACGUAAUCACGAUCAACUCUGUGCAGCAAUAAGCUACAAGGACCAGGCUCUUCUUAGUAAAGAAUAAACAUGGCUUUUCAAGCCUCAGUCUACUAAGUGUAAAGAGCAAAACAAGCAACACCGUCAACGUUAACUACUACUGGAUAUGGGCCUGUAUAUCCAUAUUGACCCUCGAAUUGAUAUGGCUUACCAAGGAAAAGAGGCCCAAAAGAGAAGAAGAAAGAGCUAAGACGCAAGGAUGUCGAAGUGAGUUAUAACUCAUUAGCUAAUUCAACUCAGCUUAAUUUUUUAUGAGCAUAAAUUCUAUUUUUUAAGUUUAUUUAAUAAAUGAAUUUAAUGAACGAGCUUAAAUUAGAUCACAAGUUAUAUAAACGAUUUUUAAUGAACAUGACCCAAUUCAUGAGCUUGGUCAUUUUUAUAGUUAAAAUUAUAUAUAUCAUAUGUAAAUAAGAUAAUUUCUAUAUUAUCAUAUUUAUCUUCUAAAGUUAAAAUGUAAAACCAAUCUUUUUUAGAUAUAUAUAGAAAAUGUAAAGGAAAUUUUUAUAUACCCAUCAUCUAUCUUUAAAUUUAGAUGUAAAACAAAAUAUUCCUAAGAGACAAUUUAGAAAUUACUCAUAAUUAUCUUACUUAAUAUUUUGUUUUACAUUUAAAUUUUAUAAAAUAUAGAUAAGUAAUAUAGAAAUCAUACUUUUAAUAUUAUAAAACUUAAUAAAACUUAUUUUAAUAUUUUGUUUUAUGAUAAUUAAUUUUUUAUAUUAGAUCACGAAAUAACUCGUUUAGCUCAUGAUCUUGAUGAUCUGAGUUUGAUUUUACAUAUUGAAGUUCAUCUAAUAAAUGAGCCGAACUGAGCUAGCUUAUGAAAGAUCUGAGCUGAGUUGAGCGAGCUAUCUCAUUUUGACACCCCUAUUAAGACCCACCUGCAGACGAUCAUUGCUUCACUACUCGUGUAAAGGGAUUCUUCCACACGCAAUGGGACAGCUACCACAAUAGGAUGCAAGACCUAGUCUUCGCGCCAAACAUAGCUGCCAACUGCAUCAACGACGACUAUAAAUACUUUAAGCUGUAAUGAUGACUACGAAAAACAGUUGAAGCAAGGAAGAGGAGACGGCUUAUAAAAGGGCAAGAAGCAAAAGAGAGAGAGAGAGAGAGAGAGAGAGAGAGAGAGAGAGAGAGAGAGAGAGAGAGAGAGAGAGAGAGAGAGAGAGAGAGAGAGACUACGAACUUUUAGAUUAUCGACUACCUGUCCUUAUUUCUUAAGAGUUGAAACUUGUAUCACUUUUUCCGUACUCGAUUAUACAUUUCAAUAAGUGAAAUCUCUGGCCUCCAUUUAUGUAAUUGUUGUUUGCUAGUCUCUAAACUCAAUUACCGGUUUCAAGCAUCAACAAUUCGCACCCACCGUGAGGCUUAUAAAAAUUUCUAACACAUGAAGUAACAUAAGCAAAUAGAGCUGGGUUUGCAGGUAAACCCGCCCAAUUGACUCGAUAACUAGCGGGUCGAGUCAUUUUUUCACUCAAAAUUUUGAUCUUUUGAUCUGCAUGACCCGCGAAAAAAUGGGUACCUGCAUCCGCCUCGCCCAGAUUUGCAGGUGUUGUGAACAAACGUGAAUUAACUCAAAGAAAGCAAAAGAGAACAAAAACGCAUUGAAGCAAAUACCCGUUUCGAGUUUUUUAUUAUUAUGUGAAUGAAUAAACUUACAAACUCUUAGACCCGUAUUUAUAACAUGUUCAAAACCUGAGUUCAUUUUUCCUAUAGGAAUACAUAUUAUCUAGAAAAAAAAAAUUUCUAAACCGAUAAGGCCGACCGUAUCGACUGGUGUACUGAGAUUUAAGACACCUCAAGAUGCAAACAGAGGGUAACCUAAGACCCGCAGAUAAUAUAAAUUUUCAUAUAAAAAUUAUUUUAAUUAUAUAAAUUUUUAAUCUUAUAUUUAUUUUUGAUAUUUUAUUUAUUUUUUAUAAACAAAUUUGGCUGGUGGCACCCGCCCGCUUAAAUUUUAUUCGACCCACACCCGCAUGUUAAACUUUUUGAAUUGAUCGACAUGCACCCGCCGCACGGUGUCAAAAUAAUUAGUUUAUUUUAAACACAAUCUUAGUGUAGAUCUAGUUAUGUGGGGGAAAUCAUGUUAGAAAGCUGUUGUCAUUUUUAGGUCUAGAAUCUUGGAAUUUGUAUUACAAAAAACAUGAUAUAUAAUUUCAAAUAUCUAAUAUUUCAACUUCUUCUGUGAAGGGCGGCGUGGAUCAUGGACUUUUGGAAGAAAAAUAUUUAUUGUUCUGGAUUACUGUUUUAUUCAAGCUUUUAUUUCUUCUACCUUUUUGCAAACAUAUAUGAACACUUAAGUUCACGCGCUCCUAUGUACUUGUCUUGUACGGUUUUUAAUUUUUAUUUUCGCAGUUGCUGUUUUAACCACAUUUUUUUUGACUAAGAGCAAUUUCACACCCUCUAUUUUUACGAUAAUAGAUUAUCAAGUUUUUUUUAAUCAAAAAAGGAUUAUCAAGUUUUAAACAGUUAGAUUAAAAAACCCCGCCUACAUGUGGUACAAGCCAAAAAGGAUUUGUGUCAAAUUACAGGACUAAAAAAACUGAACAAAACACAUUAAUUCAAAUUGAAAACUUACUGAACUAUAUUUUGAAUUUAAUAUCUGUUGCUAAUGAUAAUAUCUAAUCUCCUAAAAUAAUAUUGUGUAUUUGUUUUUUUGUCAAAGUUGAACUAGUCCAUGACUUAACAUCCGUAUAAUAAAGGAGACUAAAACCCUUUAUCAAAAACAAAAAAAAAAAGUUGAAAGAGACUAAUUUUUUGGCUUAAAGAUUUAUAAGAUAUAAUAUUAAAACAAAUGUAUUAUUGAAUUCCAUGGAACUUAUGAUAGAAGUGAAAUGGAACUUAAACUGGAUUUGAAGUUUGAACAAAGAAAUGAAAAGUAGUAAAAACCAUAUAAGGAAAUAGUGGAUACAAUGAAAACUAAAAUUAAUACAUUUGGAAUUAUAGUUUGAAAAACUAGAACAUCAUCUUUUACGAAACAAAAGAAGUUCGAGACAUGAAAAAACUUUAAAUGUCUACGUCAUUUUUAAUUAUGUAAGAGACUUUUAAUUUUUUUAAAAAAAUACAUGGUGUAAAGAAUUAAAGAAUAUAACGAUUCUUUGGAUUUUGGUUUUUUUUCAGAAAAAGUAAAAAAAUAUGUAAAUCAUGAAUGAUUGUAAAUUUUUUAAAGUUUCUAUUGAAAAUUCCUUAUAUCAUAUUAAAGUUAUUGAACAAUAAAUUUAAAGACCAUUUUAAACAGAAUAUUACGAGUUAUGUAAAUUAUUUAGAAUAUAAGAAACUGAUCCACUGAUUUUCAUGUAAAUAACUUGGUUUUUCAAUUUCUGAGUAAAGUAUUUGGACCAUCAAAGCAUCCACCACUAUAAUUAAUACAUCUUAGAUGACAUGUAAGAAGAAAAUUAAUUGAUGAAGUAUGUUUUUAUUAAAGUUUCGAUUAAUAAAAUUAGUACGAACUCAGAAAGUAAUUGUUCGUAGUCAAUUAGGAAUUAAAUUCCACACCUAGAAAUAUCCAAGAUAACACGUAAUCUAAUUUUCAUGUGUGAUGUUGAAAGAAAACAAUAAAUCUUAUUUUACCAAAGAAAAACAAUAAAUCUUACACGUCGAAAAACAAAAACAAAAGGUGGAAAAUGGGAGUUGAAAGACACGCCCGUGAGCGUAAGAGUGGAAUAAACGAGCAUGCAUGAUUAAUAGUAAAACACUCUAGAGCGUCUGACUCACGACUAUUUUCCGAUGAUCGUUUGGUUUGGUAGCGAUGACAUUCCAGUGACUCAUCCCAACUUGCCGUACCAAAAGUCUUGCCGUACUUUAUCUUUAUUUACCAAAAUACCCAUUUCUUAAAUUCCGUUUUAUAUUUUUUUCCAUUUAAUUAAUGAUAUAAGGGCAUCAUACAAUUUAUUAUAUGUAUUAGAUUAGAUCUAGAGCUUACUUGUUGACGAAUAAAACUCUUUAGCUUUAUGUUGAUAGGUAGAUUAAGGAUGAUAACGAUGUUGUGUUGUAAUUAACGUAGUUGUAUAUUACCCCCUAAUAUUAUUACCUAACACACUUGAUGGUAUCAAAUCAGUAUAUGUUUAAUUUAUAAGAGAAUAUACUAUUAAAUUUGUAGCAUGUUGCACCGUAAAUUUACUAUGAUGUCAUAUUUUAUUUUUUACAUCAUAAGUAUUAGCAGUGAAAUUUAGACCAAUCAAUUGGAUAUUUGUUUUCAUAAAUUUCCAACUUAAAAAGAGUUGGCAUGCGCAUAGCUUGAUUUGUUGAUUUUUCUUUUAUAUUAAGUAUUUUCUAAUUUUAUAUGUACGUUGACAUUCCUAACAUCUUACUUUUCAGAAUAUAUAAUCUUCUAUAUGCUAAUAUUAAAAUAGUUCAUAACAAUUUGAAUUCCGUUAUGUUAGCUAGUUCUUUGCAUGAUCGACUGAUUUUUUGUUUUAACUACUCGUUUAGGCGUUUAGUUAAAAAAACACACACACAUUCAGCAUAUAGUUUAUGAUAUAAAUGAAGUCGAAAAGAAAUUAUCCUUAGUAACUGCAGUAAGUCAUGGGUUUAUAGAUUAUGUUUAGUACAUCUCGUUCCUAAGCGAUUGAACAUACUAGCUACUAUCAGGGCUUUUUAUAUACAAAAUACUAACUUAUUUUCUUUUGCUAUUUUAAUAUAUACACAAAAAUAUUAUUGAACGUGGAGGGUCAAUAAGAUGGUGUUUGUUCAGCAAGAGCAAAGGGUAAAACUAGAAUUUAACUACUCAUAUACAAAAAGUCAAUGCAAAAAGCCAAGCUAAGUUGUUGCUUAUAUAAAUAAGAUCAUAAAUCCAUUAUUCAACAAAGUCUUCGUUUCUAUUUUUCAUUUCUCACCCGAAUCAAACACAAAAGGAGAUUUGUUUAGAGAAUCAUCAAAACAAAUGGAAAAGGAAAGAGAGAUGGAGAUGAUCAACAAGAUGGCAAGCUGCUUGAUUUUUCUAUCAAAGGCUCACCAACACGACACCAAAGGCCGCGUUUUCGCGUGCAAGACAUGCAACAAGGAGUUCUCGUCGUUCCAAGCCUUGGGAGGCCACCGAGCAAGCCACCGCAGAUCGGCCGCGCUUGAAGGCCACGCACCACCUUCUCCCAAGAGAGUCAAACCGGUGAAACACGAGUGUCCCAUAUGCGGUGCCGAGUUCGCCGUAGGGCAGGCCCUGGGUGGGCACAUGAGGAAGCAUAGAGGAGGAGGAUCUAGCCGGAGUUUAGCGCCAGCGCCGGUGACGAUGAAAAAAACUGGCGGCGGUAACGCAAAGAGGGUUUUGUGUUUGGAUUUGAACUUAACGCCGGUAGAGAAUGAAGAUUUGAAGCUGGAGCUUGGGAGGUUAAUUUUAUAAAUUUAAAAUUUCUUCUUAUUGUGUGCGUAUACUUGUGUAGAGUAAGGUUAUUUUAUUUUAUUUUAUUUUAUUUUAUUUUAGGACUCCAGUAAUUUUUGUAUGAAGAACUUUAUGGUACUGUUAUGUAUAGUUACAUAUAUACAGGUCUAUCUCAGUAAUAAUCUCUAUGUUGAAUA